AACAUUCAUUCUGGGUAGUGAAUGUGUGAAUGACAUCAGUAACAUUUACCAUGGGGAAAGUCAUGUCAAGUUCUGUGUGUGAAAAACAACAACAACAAAAAAUCCAUAAGAAAUGCAUUGUUUUAUUGCUUUAUAUACAGAUAUUACAAAAACAAAUUCACCACCACCAUCAUCAUCAUCACCAUCAUCAUCAUCAUCACCACCAAAGUCAUCAUCAUCAUCAUCAUCUGCUUCUUCUUUCUCAUCAGUCAGAAGUCCACUGAUCACAAGUGUUUCCAAAUCAUCUCCAUCCAGUUUCACAUCCGCAGGCUCUUCUCUGAUCGUUCCUCUGGUUCUGGUUCUUCUGGUUCUGAUCAUCGUUGGUCUCUUAUUUCUGUUUCUCUGUAAGAAGCAUCAGUCUCGAGGCGGUAAUUCAUCAUCUCAGACUAGAGCAGGAAAACAUGAAGUGGUUUCUCACACUGCUUGUGAUUAUGAGGAGAUUCAAGACUCUCACAAACAAUUACCUACAAACCCCUCUGAUUCAUCUAACACUGUUUAUGCCACAGCUCAGUUACCCACAAACCCCUCUGUUUCUCCUGACACUGUUUAUGCCACAGCUCAGUUACCCACAAACCCCUCUGUUUCUCCUGACUGUGUUUAUGCUAGAGUUCAGAAAGACACUGGUGACUCUCAGAUCUUGAUCACAUCUGCUGAGGACCUGAAUUACUCCGUGGUUAAUUUCCAGAAGAAAGCAGACUGUCCUGACAGUGUUAGAUUGAGGAAUAAUCACACUGUAAAACCCGACAAGUAACUUAAC